AUGACCUCCUCCUAUCUUGCGAUAGAUCUCCUUCCGGCCUUCUCUGUGGAUGACAUUUCCUUCGAAAGCGCUGCUUUGGUGCCGACCGUACCGCCCAAGCAGCCACAGCCGAAGGAGCAUUACGAUCUCAUCUCAUUUCUGUCCAUUGCUCAGUCCACACGGACAGAUUUCCUACCAAUCACCUGGCAUUCAGCCUUACAGUCUCUGGGAGAAGGUGGCGAGGCUGAGGUCAACCAGUCACUCGUCGAUUUGCAGACGAACUUCGCUUUCAAGAGGAUCAAAGACAAGGAUGCGCCGGAGAAGGGCUUCAGGGCACUGAUCUCGGCGCUCCUCAUUCUUCAGAAUGCCCAAAUCCGCAGGCACCCGAACGUGGCCAAGCUCAUGGGAGUCUGCUGGGAGGUGGAUCAGCAGUCGGGGAACAUCUGGCCAGUCUUAGUUUCGGAAAAAGCACCGCUAGGCGAUUUGCGGCAAUUUCUGGACUCCGAGCAGGGCAUCUUGCUGUCUGUUGAGGAUAGAAUUCAGUUGUGCGUCGGUGUCAUGUCGGGGAUCCAGGCCCUUCAUGCUUCAGAUAUAAUACACGGAGAUAUCAAGCCUGAGAAUAUACUGGUAUUCUCUGACUCCGAUGGCCAACCAGUCGCACAGGUUGCAGAUUUCGGGUAUUCCUGCCUCGGAGCAACAAAGGCUGACCUUGUCAUUCUACCGGAUCCGGGUAUCUGGGCAGCUCCAGAAUGGCACGAUCGACCUAUGAGCCUUGCCCACGCUAUAAAGGCCGACAUAUACUCCUUGGGGCUGGUCUUUGUGUUCAUCCUUUUCUGUGGAUCAACGGUAGGGACCGCAAACAAUGAUGUAGACGAUCCGGAUGGCCAGCUCCUCGAAAUUCUUCAAAUUGGUACCAGUGAUUCUACCAGGGCACGAAUUUGGCCGUGGAAAAAGGAAGAAAGAAUACUUCCUGCAGUGGAGGCCGCUGUUUCGCGUCUGCUAUCUCUCGAUCAGGCGAAGCGAGCUUUACUGCAGGACUUCUUUGCCGGUGUUUUGGCUUUCAAAACAGAUGCGCGGCGACUUGAAAGUCGGAAACUGCUUUCACUCACGUCGCAGUGUGACACUCAGGUCUCCCCCACUCAGGUCGAAUUUGAUGUCCAUCUCGACCCUAUACUCUCUGGUAAACUGAGUCGCUCGUUUAAGAUGAGUCGUUCCAUGCUGCAACUUGCAUUUUCAGAGCGCAGCAUUCGAUGUCAGAUCGUUGAGAACUUUGAGCGCGCGGCUACGAACAACACCUGUGAGUUAUGUGCCACGGACUGUGCACCUGCUGCGGCAUUUCAACUAGCUUUCUGCUAUGCUACCGGAUUUGGCAUUGGUCGAGACGAAAAGACUGCUUCCGAAUGGUUACAACAUAGCCUGAGAAGUGAGGUCGACCUUGCCCAAGAAAUUGAGAUGGCAAAGCAAGACCUCUCGGAAGGCUUCUGGCAGGAAGGCAGAUUCAAGGAGCUGUGGGGGAUAGGACAUAUCAGAACUAUGAGUUUCGCUCAGGCUUAUCGGCAGCGAGGCAUUUUGGAGGAAGCAUUAAAUUCACACGCACGAGAAGUCGGCGACGUCGGGGCUACUUUCGGCGACGCGCAUCCAGUCUCACUGGCACUCAAAUCAACCCUGUCCUCGAUUUUGAGAGAGGAACAAAGGUGGCGUGAAGCCGAGAAGAUUGAACGGCAUAUCUUGGAAUGCAGGGUCCUCCACUUCGAAAAGGACAAUCCGGAAACCCUGACCAGUAUGAAGAACAUGGUUUCGAUAUACCGAGGCCUGGGCCGGCUGGAGGAUGCCAAGAUCAUGUCCCAAACACUGAUAGCUGCAAUGGCUCAGACUCUAGGUACCGAACACUACGAUGUUUUGGCGGCCAAGGGGAAUCUUGCAUCGACAUUGCUGGACCUGGGACACUGGAAGGAGGCGGAACAGCUAUACCUCGAGAUCAUUGAGAAAGAGAAGGAGGCAUCCGGCGAACAACACGUUGACGCCAUCAUCACAUUGGCGAACCUCGCCAUGACAUAUCGUAAGCAAGGAAGGCUGCAAGCUGCCGAAGAAGCAGCCACAACUGCAGCGACCCUGUUCGAAAAGUUGUUCGAUGAGAUGCAUCCAUACACCCUCACCGCGAAGAACAAUCUUGCGCUCAUAUACAAAGAGCAGGGAAAGCUGGCCGAGGCCCAAACUCUGGGACUCAGAGUCUCCAACAUGAGAAAAUCCCUACUUGGUCCCCGGCACCCGCAGUCGCUCCUAAGCUUAUCAUUGCUUGCCUCUAUCGAUCAUACCCUCGGGCGAUUUGCAGACGCGGAGAAGGCAUAUGCCGAACUUCUGGCAACGCAGACAGAUGACCUGGGCGAGACAAAUCCCGAAACCAUCAACACGAUGUCCGCCCUGGCCGCGGAUAUCUCUGCUCAAGGUCGCUUCGACGAGGCUGAGGCGCUGGAGUCCCGUGUCGUGGAACUGAGCAAGAGCUCGCUGGGCGAAAUGCAUCCCGAUACCCUGGAGCGAGUCGCGAAUCUCGCUUCGACUUUCAAAGAUCAGAAGCGGUGGGCGGAAGCAGAGGCACUUGAGGUUGCCACGCUUGCGUCCUUGAGAGAAGUUCUAGGCAACAAUCACCCAACCACGCUCAUUGUGAUGGGAAAUCUCGCCUUGACAUUGAGAGAAUUUGGCAAGUUGCGGGAUGCAGAGCAGCUCGCAAGGGAAGCAUUGGAUGGUAUGAUUCGAGUGCGCGGGGAAACGCAUCCUUCGACGCAGAUUCGCAUGAUUGCCCUUGCGGGCAUCCUCGAAUCACAGGGGAAGAGCCACGAGGCGGACGAAUUGAGGAAUAAAAUUGUUGCAAUCAAGAAGGCCGGUGGCGGAGCUGUUUCUGUGAGCAUCAUCGGGACGGGACAACGAUUGGAAUAUUGA